GUCAACUCACUUGGAUUUGUUUCGAAUCGUAGCGGUAUCGUUUGGCUGGACACGCGAACGUUCAGUAUCACGAUUAUGCGAGUGGGUACCAUUAGAGUAAGCGAUGUGACAACAAUGUGUCAUUACAUUGAGUCUCCACUGAAGCACCAUUAACAUUAUACUGUUCAUGUGCAGAACCCCGCCUGUGCUCCUCAGCUACUCAGCGACUAAUUUAUUACAGCCUAUUGCGAUCAUUGUUGCACGUUUGGCAUCGAGUUCGACAAUGUCGCUCCUACAAGCGUCCUCGAAGGUUCGUUAAACUCACUUGUUUCAGGCUAUCGUAAAUGUUCAUAUUAACAUAAACAAUUAAAGUUCAUUGCGUAUGUUGAGUGCACUGAGAAGUGUCUAUCGAUAAGGUGAAACGAGGGCGGAGGGCAAUGAAAGGCCAAGCUCCAGUGUUUUCGUCAUUACCGAAAUGACUCUUCAUAUAAUAUAUAAAUCUGUCUAUCGCAAACAGGCAUAUACACAGAAGAAACUAUUAUAAGUCUAUCCGUAUGCACCAACAAAUCAUUCUUUUUACCCAACUCUCUCCUGUCAUUAUUUGUCUGCAAACAAUUUACUAUUGCCAGUAAAAAUACUACGUCCGGCAGUGUGCUUCGGACACCACUAGUGCUACAUCUAAGCAUUUGUCAACAAUGAAACGUACAACCAAUAUUAUAAUUUUACUACAACGUCCCGAAUAAUUCAUCUCAACGUAAUGCUCCAUAUUUACAUAAAUAUUUAAUUGGGAAGUUGAAGGAGAAAAAGAGAGUUGCUCUGUGAUCAUGUAUGGAAACAAUCAGAUAUCUUCGUAACUAUACUCUAGAACUAUGAUGAGUAGGUUUUCAAUGAAAAUUGUAUUUAUUAGAAUGAGCCUCUAAAAGGGCUCAGCAGGAGGGCAACGAUAAUUCUUAUUCAGGAACACUCAGCGCAGGCAGCCGCCCAAACAUGCAGCCGUGAAUAGGAUUUCUUUGUUCUUAAAAAUUCGUUACCUCAACGCAAUAAUGGAUGCCGUUGUUUCGGUUGUAACUUAGCUUUUUUCUUAACAAAUUUGUGAUUAUUUCAGCCCUCUUCAAUUUAUUCAUUAGAGGAAACGGGCUAACGAAUCAAAAUAUAUCAUUCCAAGUGAAUUUUGUGUACGAUAUAUAAAAUCUGAGUAAAAUAUUUGGAUAGAUUGAAAAAAAUGUACGCUAGCUUAGUAAUUUUAUACCAAUUAUUUUUUUAGAUUAUUAGAGCAUUUCACAACAAGAGAUCGGUUCUUCGUUUCCAUAAACAUUCGUAACGAACAAUGAACGUAAGCCACUUUCUUGGAGCAACAAGGAGUUCGGUAUAAAACUGUUCCAAUAUUGACUCAUGCGUCUCUAUAACAUAAUUAUUCAAGCAAUUCUCCAAAUUUCUCAAAUAGCGUACGCGCCUACGUGAUGUCCCUUGGUAUUCUUAGCGGCAUUAGAGAUCGUGCCCGUUCGGGUGAACAUUAGGCUAAAGUUAAACACCUGACCGUGUGUUUUAUAUUGCUUAGGUAAAAUCAAUGACUUUAGCUUUUUUUUUUUUUUUCUGAAAAACGGGGCACCACCGAACCUGCGUCGGGUUUUAUGUCAUGAGCGAAAUCAGACGCUGCCAAUAUCGCUGAGGGAUCUUGGGAACCAGCUUGAGAAUGGGUCGAUGUUGGUCCCAAGCGUGACCAACAGCUAUAUGCACUACAGGAGAGUCUUGAAGAUAGCCCUCGUUUUGGCACAGGAUGAAGCUAAUUUUUGGUCAUCUGUUAAUCCAAGAUUCCACCGAUCACCUAACCUAACAGUUCUAGUGUUAUAAGAGUGCGUACUCCCAUCAAUAAGAUGGACUGCAAGAAGUCGCUACGAGUCGAAGACGAUCCUACCAGUGAAAUUCAAAUGACGAGUACUCCAAAGCCGACACAAUUAGCCAGCGUGGCAGAAUCCGGCCACAGCGAGGAUCUGUCAUCAGUUAGCACUAGAGCCUCAUCACGUCCCGUAACCGUAUCAACUUUAUUCGAGCAAGACAGCGUCGCUAAGCUUGAUCAAACUACUCCAAAUUCGAGCAUUGUCAAGGAUCGGGAAGGAUUUAAAAAUGAGUUUUGCUCGCUCAAUCACAAGCUCGGUGCAUAUAUGCAAAAGGUAAAAGGCAACGAGUUAAAGCUCGAGGAGUCUGAGAAGGUCCGUAAAAGCCUUGAAGAACAUUUGAAACAAUUUCGAGAAAAAACUAGCCAACAGAUAGCCAUGUUGCGCAGUGAAGUUGAGCAGCACGUGAGACAAGCCGUAGAAGCAAAAGAGACCAUUAGUCAACUACAAAAAGAUAUACAGCAUUCAAAGCGUGAUAAUGAUAUUCUACAAGGCGAGCUAAACAACAAACGCCAGCGCGAAAUUAAUCUAGAAAGGAUGCUAGUUUUUGAAACCAACACGGUAAGAAGGCUUCACGAGGAAAAUAGUAAGCUUCGUGACCAGCUUGAGAAAGAAGAAAAGGAUCGUAAUGACCUAUCUAGUCAACUCACCCGUCUCAAGGUAGACAAUGCUACGCUCCACGAACGCGUUAAGAUCGUGACCUUUGAAAGGACAAUGAUGGAAUCCAAAAUGAUCGAGGCAGACAAGAAGCUGCAAUUCUCUACAGAAGACGUCGACAAGAAAAUAACUGCCGAACGAAAUCGACUGGAAAAGCUUGCUCUUGAAAAGCUUGAGGAGGUCCGUCAGAAACAUGAGGCCGACAUCGAACGCUUAAAGAAGGAGCACAACAAAAAGAUCCAAGAUACUCUUCUUACCUAUGUAAGUGCAGAGGACUACGCUCGGCUUGAGACGCGCCAGCAAGAGACACUCAAACGAGCAGAGGACGCCGAGGUGCUCUUAGCACAACGGCAAGAACUUCUGGAUAAAGUGAGAGCAGACUCUGAAACCCUGCAAGCCAUCAAAGAUAAAGAACUUGCGACCGAACGACACCGCAGUGAGAAGCUCAAUAAACGGCUGAUCGCUCAAAGGCAAAGUUACGAAGAUAUCCGACAGGAAUUACAGACCUACAGACAACUCAUUGACAGUCUGGACAUUGACAGCGAAACACUAGCUAAUACACCGCUUGGGGCUAAACGGCAUAAGAUGUCUCUCGAGGCACCUUCCACGUCAGGACUGAAUCAAACCGUAUUAAAAUCAAAAGAUGCCACACCAGCAGCGCUUAAAGGAAGACAGGUGUUGCUUCGUCGAGCGCUAACGCCAAACAGAACUCCACGGACAAAGAGAACUGUGGGGCCUUCGAUUGGAUCAUCAAAUGAUUCCGCGAGCGAUGUGAAAACCGAUUGCAAAGUGAUGUGAACCGUAUGAGCGGGCGAAGCAGCUUGUGGGUUGUUGAAUUUUGUAUAUACAUUUAUAUAAAUGUAAAUAAUACUUUCAUACAACAAUAUGACAGACCACUAGCACUUUGACAGCACUCAUUAACACCAUUUCAGGCGGAAAUAGACAAAUAAAUAAUGUCGUUUGUUCGAAUGAUA